AUGGAUCUGCAAGUCAGCGUCGAGCGCUCGGGCAUGGAUACGUUGACUCUCAAAGAAGCCUUCCGGGAGCUGGAGAAUCUAGAGAUGGUUCGAGUUGAUGUCGUCAGUUUCUAUCAUCUCGACCCGGAGCCAACAGACGACGGCAUCAGGUGUGGACGGGCCCACAUCAUCCCGGCAAAGCUCCUCAACCCCCCUGCUUCACCUGAGAGGCACGGAGACAGCGGUAAGAACCGAGUAUACGAUUUGAUCCCAAAGAUUCUCCUGGACGCCGGUGUACAUGAGAAGGUCGGUUUGCAGUUUGAGUUCUGGAACACGGAAUAUUCUAACGAAGAUCUGGUGACAUUCCUGGAUCUCGAUUGCGAAGUCUGGAAGUACGAGUUCACUCGGUAG